AUGUAUCUCAACGUCCCGGUCCUCUUCACCGCCCUGUCUGCCUUCGCAACAACGGCCUCGGCGGACUGGAUGAAUGUUGGCAUGGUUUCAUUCCACACAGCCAACGGCGAUUACAGCAUCGACGCCGACAAUGGCUGCCGGGGGACGUCCGUACCCGAUAUGAUUGAGUUCUGCGCCGACUACGCGAGAGACCGAGCGCACUUCAAGUUCAAGGGCUGGACCACCAAGAGCUGCCUGCAUGUAACGAGUAGCGAUAUAAACACAUGCGGGACAGGGUUUACCUGCGGGACUAUGAUUUUCGAGCCUGUCAAGUGCACUUGGUGA